CUGGCCAGGAGACUGUCCCUUUAAGGGCCGCCCCGAGGAGGUGCCAGGCCCUGGCGGCUGCUCUCUCCUUCCUGGUCUUGCGGGGCAGGGACUGUCCUGGGGCUGUGGGAGGGGGCCGUGCCCAGUGCCCGCCCAGGCGCCAUUGGCCUGACUCCAUGGCCCUGGUCACAGUGAGCCGCUCGCCCCCGGCCAGCGGCCACUCCACGCCUAUAGGGCCCGCGGACCCGGCAGCCAGGCGCAGAAGCCAGCUCCAGCGCAGGCAGAGCUUUGCAGUGCUCCGAGGAGCUGUCCUGGGACUGCAGGAUGAUGGAGGGGACAGUGGUGACGCACCUGAGGCCACCUCUGAGCCAAUGGAGGAGCCCUUUGGUGAGGAGCAGCCCCAGGGGGACCAGCCUGAUGGGCAAGGGCCCCAGUGUCCCAAGAAACAGGAGCAGAGGCAGCACCUGCAUCUCAUGGUGGAACUGCUGAGGCCACAAGAUGACAUCCACCUGGCAGCCCAGCUCGAGGCAGCCCGACCCCCAAGGCUCCGUUACCUACUGGUGGUUUCCACUCGUGAAUGUGUCAAUCAGGAGGAGACAGUCCUCCUGGGUGUAGAUUUUCCUGACAGCAGCUCUUCCAGCUGCACCCUAGGCCUGGUCUUGCCCCUCUGGAGUGACACCCAAGUGUAUUUAGAUGGAGAUGGGGGCUUCAGUGUGACAUCUGGAGGGCAGAGCCGAAUCUUCAAGCCUAUCUCCAUCCAGACAAUGUGGGCCACUCUCCAGGUGCUGCAUCAGGCAUGUGAGGCAGCUCUAGGCAGUGGCCUUGUGCCCAGUGGCAGUGCCCUUGCCUGGGCUGCCCACUACCAGGAGAGACUGAACUCAGACCAGAACUGCCUCAAUGAGUGGAUGGCCAUGGCUGACCUGGAGUCCCUGCGACCCCCCAGUGCAGAUCCUGGCCAGUCAGUGCCCUCAGAGCAGGAACAGAUGGAGCAGGCGAUUCGGGCUGAGCUGUGGGAGGUGCUGGAUGCCAGUGACCUGGAGAGCAUCACUUCCAAAGAGAUCCGCCAGGCCCUGGAGCUGCGCCUGGGAUGCCCUCUCCAGCAGUACCGUGACUUCAUUGACAACCAGAUGCUACUGCUCAUGGCCCAACAAGACCGGGCCUCCCGCAUCUUCCCCCACCUCUACCUGGGCUCUGAGUGGAAUGCAGCAAACCUGGAGGAACUGCAGAGAAACAGGGUCAGCCACAUCUUGAACAUGGCCCGAGAGAUUGACAACUUCUUCCCUGACCGUUUCAUCUACUACAAUGUGCGCCUCUGGGAUGAGGAGUCAGCGCAGCUGCUGCCCCACUGGAAGGAGACUCACCGCUUCAUUGAAGCUGCGAGAACCCAGGGUACCCGGGUGCUAGUUCACUGCAAGAUGGGUGUCAGCCGCUCAGCCGCCACAGUGCUGGCCUAUGCUAUGAAGCAGUAUGGCUGGAGCCUGGAGCAGGCUCUGCUGCACGUACAGGAGCUCCGGCCCAUUGUCCGUCCCAACCCUGGCUUCCUGCGCCAGCUGCAGACCUACCAGGGCAUCCUGACUGCCAGCCGCCAGAGCCAUGUCUGGGAGCAGAAAGUGGGUGGGAGCUCUCCAGAAGAGCUCUUGGCCCCUGAAGUCUCUAUACCAUUCCCACCACUCCCACCAGAACCGGGGGGCAGUGGGGUGGUGAAAGUUAAGGGCUUGGAAGAGAACCAGGCAGCCCCAAAAGAAGAGCCUGGGCUGCGGCCUCGAAUCAACCUCCGUGGAAUCAUGCGAUCUAUUAGUCUCCUGGAGCCCACCUCAGAGCUGGAGAGCACUUCAGAAGUCGGUAGUCUGCCAGAGGUUUUCUCUUCCCAUGAAUCUUCGGAUGAAGAGCCUUCACAGCCCUUCCCUCAGCUCCCAAGGCCCAAGGGAAGCACCGGGAUCCACAAGGGGCCUUGGCCUGCUUUGAAGUCCCGCCAGUCUGUGGUUGCCCUCCAGACCGCUGCCCUGGUGGCCAGCCGGACUCAGGCAUUCCAGGAGCAGGGACAAGAAGAGGCUGGCAUGUCCUCCACAGCCAGGCUCCGGAAGAUGGUGAGGCAGGCCAGUGUGGAUGACAGUGGAGAGGAGGGUGGGGCCUGAGCCCUUACAUAUACCCAUGGCCCCCUAGACACUAAAGUGAGUGAUCCACGGCUCCUGGAACAAGCGCCCCUCAUACCUUCAAGCCAACACAUACUCCCCUCAGCUCCUCCCUAGCAGUCCCCAGACCCCGUCACCACAGCCUCACUUCCUAUCAUCUUGUGUCUCAGACCACAUUCUAUAAAGGGCUCAAAACUUUCUCUAUACUGGGGAUGUGGGUAGAGCUACUGAAGGUGCCUUUGGGGGUGAGAUCACCCUAGUUUUACUCUUAACACCCUAAAACAUUUACUCACAGCCACAGAAUCAAAAAUGGAGUUUCUCAGGGUAGUCUUUCUGGCUCAUGCCCCUCUUCCACUCCAGCCCAUCCCCCACUCCCACUUUCUCCCAUUUCACUCUUGGAGACAGCCAGGCCAAGGAUUGUGGCCCCCAAAGGCAAACAGGACCCUCAGUUCCCAACCCUGGAGGCUCUGAGAGCUCUGGCAGGCCACCUCCUUCACACACUUCAUGACUUCCUGAGCCUCUGUGCUGCCCCCAGCCCUCCCAUAGCCCACGCUGGGUCACAGGGCACCAGACCAAAGUCUUCUUGUCUUUCAUGGCCUCAGGCAAGGCAGUUUUUCAUGUCCUUAUAGUAUCUGGCUUUAUACUGAGAAAUAAAAAACAUUUUCAUAGUGAUUUUC